GUUGGCCGAUCGCGAGCUGUCAUUUGACGUAAAAUCAAAACGUAUUGAAUUUGUUGUGGUUUCUCUGCAAGUGGUUAAUUUUAGUAUUCUAGUACCUUUUGUAUUAUUAAAUAUGGAUUUUUUUACUUCCAUACCCACUCACAUUGACUAUGUCGGCCAAGCGAAAGCAGAGAAAUUAUACAGAGCCAUAAUUACGCUCUUCAGUAUAGUCGGUUUCGUAUGGGGUUACAUCGUUCAACAGUUCUCACAGUCUGUGUACAUUUUGGGAGCCGGAUUUAUCUUAGCUGCGAUCUUGACUGUACCCCCAUGGCCCAUGUACCGCCGCAACCCAUUGAACUGGCAGAACCCAAGAAACAAUGAAGAGAAACCUGCAGGCAAGAAGGGGAAGAAAUAGAGCAGUUCAUGUGUGAUCCAGACACCAGAGCGAUCAGAAGUAUAUUCCUAACAGCUGUAUGUUUCAUUGUUCUCAAAUAAAAUAGUUUUUAAGGUU